AUGGAAAUCAGUGAUUGGAGGGGAAGAUUUAUCAACAGGAUUAUGCUGGUGACAGUGUUGCUGUUAAUACUGCUGGGCCAUACUGUAUGCAAGACACAUUCUAUUAACUGCAGCAUACAUGAUGACCCCCUUCCUAUUCCUCAUGAAUUUUACCAGCCAGGAGAACUUCUCAUUGGUGAGAUCGUUUCUCAAGUCUUCUUCCUCUAUAAUCUCCUCUCUUUCAAGGAACAGCCUGCACAGAUUGUGAUUGAUGAACCUAUUUCAGUGCCAAAGAACUACCAGCACAUUCUAGCCUUAGCAUUUGCUGUAAAAGAGAUAAAUGAGAAUCCUCAAAUCUUAUCAAACAUCUCUCUGGGGUUCUACAUCCUCAAUAGCUACUACACUGCUAGGAUGACCUACAAGGCCACCCUCAGCCUGCUUUCUGCACAACAGAGAUUUGUUCCCAACUUCAAGUGUCAAAAUCAGAACAAACUCAUAGCUCUCAUUGGAGGGUGUAUUUCUGAGAUCUCUGCCAAUGUGGCCAUUAUUUCAUCAAUCCAGAAAACUCCCCAGGUCCAUCAUUUUUUAAGGAGAAUUUUAUUCAACAACAGUGCUGGGGAUUCAGUGUGCUUUGAUGAUAAUGGAGAAUUAGUUACAGGUUUUGAUGUUACAAACUGGGUGAUCUCCCCCAAUGGCUCGGUGGUUAGGGUCAAAGUUGGAAAACUGGAACCUCAGGCUCUUUCAGGCAAACAAUUAAUCAUUUCUGAUGAUCAAAUUGUGUGGCAUAAAAGCUUUAAUCAGGUGCUGCCCAUUUCUGUGUGUAAUGACAACUGCUAUCCCGGCUACAGCAGGAAAAAGAAAGAGGGAUUGAAAUUUUGCUGCUAUGAUUGUGCUCCAUGUCCAGAAGGGAUGAUCUCUAAUUGGAAAGACAUGGAUGCCUGUGUCAAAUGUCCAGAAGACCAGCAUCCCAACAAAGACCAAAUCGAAUGCAUUCGCAAGGUUCCAAGCUACCUCUCCUACAAUGAAAAUCUAGGGAUCAUCUUAGCUGUCUUGGCAAUUUCAUUCUCUUUCAUCACAACUUUAGUACUUGCAACUUUUAUGAAAUACAAGGACACUCCCAUCGUCAAAGCCAACAACAUGACCCUCACCUACAUCCUCCUCAUCUCCCUCCUCCUUUGCUUCCUCUGCUCCUUCCUCUUCAUUGGGCAGCCUGGAAAGGUGACUUGCCUAUUCCGGCAAAUGGCUUUCAGCAUUGUUUUUUCUGUGGCCCUUUCCAGCAUUUUGGCAAAAACCAUCAUUGUGGUUCUAGCAUUCAUGGCGACCAAACCAGGGUCCAGGAUGAGGAAAUGGACGGGGAAAGGACUGGCAAAUUGUAUUGUCCUUUCCUGCUCCUUUAUGCAAGCUGGCAUUUGUACCCUUUGGUUAAGUACUUCCCCUCCAUUCCCAGAUAGGGAUAUGUUCUCACUGAAUGGGGAAAUCAUACUAGAAUGUAAUGAGGGUUCAGCUGUGAUGUUUUACUUUGUCUUAGUCUAUAUGGGUUCUUUGGCCAUUGCGAGUUUCAUUGUGGCUUUCCUUGCCAGGAAGUUACCCAACAGUUUCAAUGAGGCCAGAUUUAUCACUUUCAGCAUGUUGGUGUUUUGUAGCGUUUGGUUCACCUUUGUUCCCACCUAUCUAAGCACCAAAGGAAAAUACAUGGUAGCUGUGGAGAUCUUUGCCAUUUUGUCAUCCAGUGCUGGAUUACUGGGUUGCAUCUUUUUCCCUAAAUGCUACAUCAUAGUGCUUAGGCCUGAGCUUAACAACAGGGAGCAACUAAUCAGCAGAAAAGUAUGA